GAAGAAACGACUCGACAUAAAUCUUCAAGUACUGAUGCAGAAUUGGGCGAACAUUUCGAAGGAGACAUGUUAUUGUCUUCGUCGCAGCAACGUGCUAUAAAAUACGCUAAUAUUGAACGUAAUGGCUUAAGAAACAAUUCCAAGCGAUGGCCCAACCGCACUGUUGUUUACCAUAUCGUUGAAGAUGAUUUUGAUGAGAAUGAAUUAAAAAUGAUCGAAGAAGCUAUGGCUGAUAUAGCUAAUAAGUCGUGCCUUACGUUUCGUCCAAGGAAAAAUAAUGAACACGCAGUCAUUAUUCAGGGAUCAGAAAACGGAUGCUUUUCAAAUGUAGGUUUCAAUAUUGACGAGCAUCAGUCAGAAGAAGAAGAAGAAACGCGUCAAGUGUUAAACUUAUCGGAACGAUGCUUCAAGUACGGGACGGUUGUACACGAAAUGCUCCACACUCUCGGCUUCUACCACAUGCAGAGCACAUACGACAGAGACGAUUUUGUAGAGAUACUGUGGGAAAACAUAAAGUCAGGCGUGGAGCAUAAUUUCGCAAAGUAUACCAUCGACACAGUGACCGACUUUGGUGUACGAUACGACUACGACAGCGUGAUGCAUUAUCCAGCGACAGCAUUUUCAAAAAACGGAAAUAAAACUAUAAUACCUUUGAAGGAAAACGUGAAAAUCGGACAGAGAAAGGGAAUGUCUGAAAGUGAUGUCAUAAAACUUAAUAGAAUGUAUUGUGAAGAUGACGAAUCCAUUAGUUACAUGGUAUAGGAAAUAGUAAUUAACCUGGCAAGAGUUUCAGUGUUCGAAUUGAUUUAUACCAAAUAGU